AUGAUGACCAGCAGGACGUCCUUAUUACCAGCUACUCCUCUGAAACUCCUGGUGACCGUCUGGUUGGGUAUUCUCAGCAGUAUUCAAGCAAGGCAAUGGCCACUGCGAGCUUCCAACAAGGACCAUGUUCCGGCUUCGUUUGAUUGUGAAAUGCGUAAAGCAGCCUAUGCCUAUGGGAAAAAGUUGAUUCCUCGGCAUGGAAAAUUUGAAGCCUUGUAUUGGGCAUUGGAUCUCAAGCAUUGCAAUGUGGACCUCUCGAAAGAUGAACAUGGCGAAUUGUUGACAAGGGAUGGAACAGCCACAAGUCGUCGUCACCUGAAGAGAAAAGGACACGAAGAAAUUGCCAGUAUCCCCCCAGAUGCCGUGUUUGUGGCAGUGGAUGGAACGGAUGAUGAUGUAGAUAGUGGCACACUUUCAAGUCCCUUUCAAUCCCUCCAAAAAGCUGUGGACUAUGCUGCCACACAUACGUCUUCCAAGCAUGUCAGGGUCCGAGAAGGAGUCUUUUAUUUGAAUCAAACACUGUUGUUGACACCUCAACACAGUGGACUGCAAAUUCUGGCCUAUCCAGGGGAAUCGCCCACGUUUAGUGGAGGUAUACCACUGCAAAUCAUUAACGAGUGGAAACCCUAUCAUCCUCCUAACAACAAGAACAAGACCAACAUUUGGGUGACAAGCCUGGGCAAUCAGCUGGACGGGGAAAUGCCGGGUCUUCAAAUCAACGGGGUCCGUUCCACCGUAGCCAGAUACCCCAACAUGGACGGUGGCAUUGAAGUCUCCUGUGGCUACGGCUGCAUGAUCCCCGGCAAUCAAGCUACUUGGGAUCCACCGAAGAACGCCAACAAACAAAAACAAAAGGUCGUGCACUAUACCGACUCGAACAAAACGCGAGCGCGUCCCAAUGGAGGAUGGUUUGAACACUACACCAUUGGCGUUCACGGUCCCUGCGAUGUCUACGAUCCUCCCGUCUCGUACUGGUGUUCCGAACAUCCGUCGGGAGGUGGCGCAUUUGCCUUUAUUACUCCUUCGGGCAUGACGCCCAAAGACGCGGCUGUACUACCCAAUGGACCCUAUUACUCCGACCAAAGUAUGCAAGAGGAUGCCCGCAUUUUUGUCUGGAGACCGGCCCGAUGGGCCAAUUGGAUGUUUCGUGUUGGCGCCUACAAUAAUCAAACCCAACACGUGACAUUUGGAGCCGGCGGCAAUCAGGGUGCGCGGGGAGAAAAACAAGGCGGGGACUGGUUUAUUGAGAAUUUACUGGAAGAGUUGGACAGUCCCAACGAAUUUUAUUACGACCCACGCACCCACAAAUUGUACCUCUGGUACAAUGGGACCGGAGCACCUCCACCGGAUACCGAAAUGGUCGUGCCACAGUUGCGCACACUGGUCAAUGCAACGGGGACCCAGUGGAAUCCCGUCGUGAACAUUACACUCCGGGGCAUUACGUUUCGAGCAACACGCUACACGUACAUGGAUCCUCACGGUGUUCCCAGUGGCGGGGAUUGGGCACUGGAGCGAAACGGAGCCGUCUUUUUGCAGGGGACGCGUCAAAUGACAUUGGAUCAAUGUACGUUUGAACGCCUCGAUAGCAAUGGAGUCAUGAUUUCGGGAUACAAUCGGAACACCACGGUCCAAAAUUGCGACUUUGCGUACAUUGGAGGCACGGCCAUGGCGUCGUGGGGAUACACCAAUGAAACCGAUACCGAUCCGGGAAGGCCCGGUGUCCACCUGCAGGGGGCUCCUGCGGCGGGAGUGGAUGGAACCGAUGGGGAACACCCCAAGUACAACACUAUUCAGGGGUGUACCGCACGAGAAGUGGGGCUCUACGAAAAACAGGCCAGCUUUUAUAUGCAAGCCAAGACGGCAUACUCGACAUUGACAGGAAAUGUCUUUUUCAAUGGGCCGCGAGCAGGGAUCAAUUUCAAUGAUGGAUUUGCAGGUGGAGAUGAACUCUACCACAAUCUCGUCUUUUCCACGUGUCGCGAAAGUGGCGAUCACGGCCCGUUCAAUAGCUGGGACCGCCAGCCCUUUUUGACGUACAAAGAUGGCUUGGAGGAACCUACCAUGUUUUCCGAAUGGCGCAGAAUUCAUCACAACUUUUUUAUCGACAACUAUUCACCACAAGAGAAUGUGGACAAUGACGACGGAAGCGCCCGCUUCCACACUCAUGACAACUUUUUCGUCUAUGGAGGCCAGGGCAUGAAGAACGACUUUGGAGGAUGCGACAAUUGGCACUAUCGCAAUAUCUAUGCGUAUGUUGGAAAAGCUAUUUUUAGCAUGAAACAGAUCAAAGGACACGAGGACCACUUUUUCGAGAAUCGAGUGAUCAUGACACAGGAAAACGUUGGUUCCUUCCAGUGUGACGGCGAUGGCGCUUUCGUCUUUGGCAACAACAGUUACUACACGGCAAGUGGGAAUGUUACGGAAUGCAAAAUGUCACUAGAGGAGUGGCAAAGGCACGGCAACGACCUGAACUCCACGUCCUCCGAGUACCCCAAAGACGACGAGAUUAUUCAUUGGGCAAAGAGCCUUUUGGGAUUCUAG